AUGGCCAACAUGAGUCUGCCGUCCGCUUUGUGGAGUGUUUGGUGUGCAAGAGUCUCGAACACUUACAAACCGUUCCAAGACCUGGCGCUGGAGAUCAGAGGAGCUCUGCUGGUGGGUGCUGCUGCUGCUGCCAGUCUUUGGACCAGGCGAAGCUCUGGACACAGCCCAACCCCAUUCUCUCUGCUCCUUCUGCAGGCCAGCAACGGACAGUGGUACAAGAUGAACGACAGCGUGGUCUGCCACAGUAACAUCAAAGCGGUGCUGAACCAGGAGGCCUACCUGCUCUUCUAUGUGAGACUCUCUGGCCCAGAGAAGAGCUUGGACAGGCCCAUUGCCAGAGCUGUCUCCAAGCUGACUGGCUCUGAGGGCAUCGUCUCCAAAGAGGCAAAGAAAACUGUGAGCCACAGGCCCCUGUUCCCAUCACUGGGUCGCAGCGAGUGGCCAGAGAAGAGGACACCAGGGCUGGAGGUGGUUGGGGUUCCCAUGGACCGCAGCACAUUGGGUAUGGAACCAGAGCUGUGGAACGGCCCCUCCCCAGGGAAGCUGCCCUUUACAUCACUGCCAACUGAAGUGGCCUUCAAAGCCACCUGUGUGGGCACAGUGCUGCCCAGUGCCACAGCCCAGAGCCCAGAGCCUCCCAGGUCCACGUCAGCCCUGGGCUCCAGCAUCACCAGCAGAGCAGGCUCAGCUGAAGCAGAUCAUCCUCAGCAGAGCUCCUGGGAGGAAAGGACUCUACCUGCCCAGGCCACAUCCCCAGUGCUGUUGGGCCUCACCCAGCAGCCUGGGAGCACUGGGCAUAGAGCCUGUGACUCGGGGGAGGACUCGGGAAGCAGCAGUGCUGCCAGUCCAGCGCCUGCUGCAGUGGGGAAGCUGGACACAGUUUCCCAGGAGGCCGGGAGCAGAACCAGCAGCUCCAGCACCUCUUGGGAGACAGACUGUGGCACCGACGUCCCCAGUGUCACGCCGGCUGCCCCCACAACCAUCAGGCGCAUGAAGGUGAAAUCACCCUGGUUGGCCAGUGCUGGUGGGCAGAGCAGCAGCACACCACCACCACCGGCCAAGAAGCUGUCCCCGCAGGGCAGGAAGCUGCACAGGAGGGACCACCACGCACGGCCUCGCGCGCAAGCCGCUGGCAGCAGCUUCCCACUGAACAGCAGCUGCCCCAGCUCGCCUCUGCUGCCUUUGGGCACAUGCAGCAGGGUGGGGCCCAGCCCGGUCAUCACUGGCUCCUUCAAGAAGAAGAGGCGGCACGAGGCAGGCAGCAGCCUUGGUGCUCCAGCGGUCGAGGAGGAGGUCUCUGUCCCACCCGAGAAGAAGAAGGAAGAGACUUCUCUCGCUGCUGAGGCCUUGGAGUUCCUGGAGGGGCCGGAGGCAGCAGGUCCCAGCCGUGAUUGGGAGGCACUGGGCUCGCAGGCCCUGGGGAGCUGGCUUGUGUCACCCCCCUGUGCCCACACAGACUGGGAGUCUGCCUCUGCCGCAAGGAGGGAAAAGUGGAUGAGGAAGAAAAUGAGCAGCACCAGGCAGCAACAGGCACGCCACAAAGCCCGCUUGUCCAAGCACUGUCCCCCGGCAUUAUAUAAGCGAUGCAGGCACAACCUUAGCUCAGCUCUCUCGCCCGGAGCUGGGCGGGCCAUGGAGGCGGAGCAUAAGCUUCCUUCCCGUGGCUUCAGCACGCGGUUGAUCAGGCGGAGUCGUCGGUUCAACGCGGCUGAUUGGAGGAACGCGGAGAGCGGACUUCGAGGGGUGGAAGUGGUUGACGGGGCGGACCCCAAGGGUUGGGCGCCUGUCGCUGGCCAGACCCCAAGAGUUGGGCGCCGUUCAUUGGGUGCGGUAACAGCAGCGCCUGCUCUUCAGGACACGUGCGUCUGGUGCACGUUGUGCAGUGUGUGCAGGGGGGUGAGGCGGGAAACACAGGUCGGAGCUGGGCUGGUGUCGGGGCGGUGCCCGCCGCGGUGGCAGGGCCAGCCCAGGCCGUGUGCUGUUCUGCUGGCAACACGCGGUCCUGCGAUAGGAACAGAACGGCCCAGUGUCCCCCACUCAAUUGCCUGCCUCUCCCUGCAGUUGAGACCGCUAGGCCUCACCAUGCCGGUCAUGGAGAAGAUGCGGAAGAUGAUGAAGCGGGCCCGGUGGGAGAUAAGCGGGAAAGGGAAGGUGGCCAAUCUGCUGGCUCAGGCUGCCAAGAAGGUGCUGCCGCAGAAGGCUAAGAGUGAACUUCCCUACUGGUGCUUCUUCAAGAAGCUGCAGAAGAUCUGCAGCAAGUUAGGGUGCAGGAACCCCCCUGCCAAGGCUGCUGGACCCCAGUGCAGCCCCGAGGAGGAGCAGCAGGUCAAGCAGAGUAACAGCGAUGCCCAGGUGGGCCCAAGGGAUGGGAUCUUCCCCAUGGAGCGCCUAUCCAUGGAGUGGCAGUGGGUGCACCCAAUUGGCGUGGGACUGCGUAACCUCGGGAACACUUUCCUUAACUCCACUGUGCAGUGCCUGACAUACACCCUGCCGCUCCCUAACUACCUGCUUUCCAAGGAGCACCGCUGCACCCGUGACCAAGGCAGCUUCUGCAUGAUACGCACCAUGCAGAGCCACGUGGCUGAGGCUUUUGCGAACAGUGGGAGAGUGAUAGAGCCAACGGCCUUUGUCCAAGAACUCAACGAGAUCACUGGGCACAUGCGCUUUGUACAGCAGGAGGAUGCGCAUGAAUUCCUGCGUUACACCAUCAACGCUAUGCAGAAGUCCUGCCUGAGUGGCUGCAAAAGGUUGGACUGCAAGACCCAGGCAACAACAUUGGUCCACCAGAUCUUUGGCGGCAACCUGCGAUCCCGUGUGGAGUGUUUGUCGUGCAAGAGAGCCUCGGACACGUACGACCCUUUCCUGGACCUGGCACUGGAGAUCUCGCAAGCCAGAGACCUACGGGAGGCGCUGGAGCUGUUUGUGAAGCUGGACCUACUGGGUGUGGAGAACUCCCUGUGAGCAGGGUGCGUGAAGAAAAUGAGCAGCACCAGGCAGCUGCAUAGACCUGUAAACACCAGAGACUGCACACCAGUGCUCCAAAGGGCCAUUAGGGCAGACAAGCCACCAGCUCUCCAGGGUGGAGGCACAGGGUCGUGCCUGAGUGUCAGCAGAUACCAGGCUGCAGCUCAGCGCAGGCACUGCCUCCUGGCCCCAGCAGCAGGGUGGGAAGCGGCGUUGCUGCUGUUGCCCAGCCAUGCCCUGGGAGCAUGUCCUGGCACCUUCCUCAUGGUGACGUCUGCCUGGGGAGAGCAGGUCCCUCUCCCUUAA